AUGGGAUUGCUGAUAGGAGAGGUACACGAUAACAACUCUUUAGUAUCAAUAGUAUCAUCGGUUAUAUUACGGCGAUUAGAUAAAAAACCCGAUCGUGUGGAGAUUUCUGAAGAACAGUUGGUACAGGCCACUCUAAGAGCAGAAGAAUUAGCUGCAGAAGUUGGUCGGCCUCUUCGUGUAGUGGGCUGGUACCACUCACAUCCACACAUAACUGUGUGGCCGUCACAUGUUGAUCUUGCAACACAAUCAAUGUACCAGCGAAUGGAUUCUAGUUUUGUUGGCAUAAUAUUUGCUGUAUUUCUAACAGACCAAACAGCCAAGGCACCUUCGGUACAAAUUACAUGUUUUCAAUCUAUAAAUGAGGGUUCAACUCAAAGCAGAAGGGAAAUAGAAUUAGAAAUAACAAAUAAUAAUGAUUCUUUAACUUUAAAUAACUUUGAGAUAUUGACACAGUUGCCAACCAUACUUAAGGAAGAGGAAGAUGAAUCAUAUAGUAAUGAAGCAGGUCAAAGUGAAACUGAUGAUAUUAUUACAAAGCAACAUAAUGCAGCUGUUCGAACUAUUGCUAUAGGCCAUAUUGUAGAAAAGAUAUCAAGACCUAUGUUGGAAGCAUUAGUUGCUAGAAAUGCUCUGAAUAAUGUUCGUUUAAAGGCAUUAAAAAAACAGCAUCAAGAGUUAAUGUCACUUUUAGAAAAUAUGUCAUGUAAUGUG